AUGAUACCAAAGUUGAUAGAAACAAAGAUGUUGAAGAUUCAUCUUUAAAAUCUAAUGAUCCUAAUAAUAUCAUUUAUUCUGAUAAUCGAACGUUAAAUGAUGAUGAAAAAAAUUUAGAAACAAGAGAUUUAGCGUAUAAUGAUUCAAUUAAUCCUAUGGUCGCUUCGAGUGUUUCUACAUAUGAUGAUCCGAGCUUGCCAUGUAUGACUUUUCGAUAUUGGGUAUUAAGUACUUUAUUUACGGCAUUAGGUGCUGCUAUAUCAGUAUUCUACUAUUUUCGUCCUUCCAGAAUCCUUUUUUCUAUACUAUUCGUGAUUCUCGCAUCUUAUAUUUUGGGAAAAUGGAUGGAAAAAAUCUUGCCGAAUAGAAUUUUUCGUAUUAUAAAUUGGGAAUUUAAUUUAAAUCCAGGUCCUUUUAACUAUAAAGAACAUGUGUGCAUAGGCGCUGCGGCUUCUGCGGGUGGUGUUCUUGCGUAUGCUGUGGACAUUAUCGCAGUCCAAGAGUUAUUCUAUAACAUUAAAGUCGAUUUCUUAAUUGGUUUUUUAUUAUUGAUUAGCUCGCAAAUGCUUGGAUAUGGACUCGCCGGAUUUGUUCGAAAAUACUUGGUUUAUCCUGCUAAUAUGAUAUGGCCUCAAUCUCUUGUUUAUGCUACCAUGUACAACACGUUACACGGCAAUAUCUUUGAAACAAAUAAAAAAAUUCGCUUUUUUUAUAUUGCUUUUGCUUCAAUGCUUGUUUGGCAAUUUAUACCCGAAUACCUGUUUCUUUGGUUAACUAGCAUUUCUAUAUUAUGCCUUGUUGCUCCAGGGAAUAAUGUUGCAAAAUUAUUAGGAAGUGGUUAUAGGGGUGCUGGAGUUCUUGAUUUCACUCUUAAUUGGAACAGCAUUGAUGCACAAAAAUUUCCUUUCCUAUCCACCCAUUCUUUUGAUAAAUUUGGAAAAACUGCUCUCAAUGUUACUGCUUAUAAUAAUUACAGUCCUGUAUAUAUAUCUACUGCAUUUGCCGUUGUUUAUGGCUACAAUUUUGCACAAUUUACUGCAGUUAUUGUUCAUGUUUUACUAUUUCAUGGAAAAGAAAUUUGGUCUCAUUACAAACAAACCCGUGAAGAAGAAUUGGAUGAUAUCCAUUGCAAGUUGAUGAGUGUUUAUCCAG